GGGCGGAACUGUAGAUGUCAGUAAGGGAGGCUUGGUUACUCCUACUUGUCUCUGCUCAGAAAACAAGCAGGCUGGCAGCACUGUGCCAAGUUAAGCAGCUUGCCAUUGGUCAUCGUUCUUCUGUCAGCCACUAGGAAGUGACCCAGUACUGGUAGGACCCACCCUGUGACUGCUGGGGAAGGAGGUGUUAGAGACAUGGCAAUGUCUACAGUCUGUGCAUCCCUAUCAGCAUAAUGCUUGUCACCGGCUCACCUGUCCUGUCCUGGAAACGACUGUAACCCCGCAAGACCCUAGGAUGCCAAGCACCGUGCUGUGGGCAACAGAUAUUUUCGGAAAAGUAUACGCUUUGUCGACAGAUGGGCAGCAAUGGGUACCCUGCAAGAACGGGAAUGUAGAAUUCAAGAGAGUAUCUGCAGUACAGUCGUGUUGCUGGGGGGUCGGCUGCAACCAUCAGAUCUAUGUUUAUGUCCAUGCCAGUGACCUGCCCAUCCGAUAUCAAGAAGAAACCUAUGAGAAUCAGCGUUGGAAUCCAGUGGAUGGCUACUGUGAGAAACUUAUGCCCAGCGACCGUUGGCAGUGGAGCGAUGUCACAGGGUUACGGCACCAGCAACUGGACAGCUUUGUGCUCCCAUCUCCUCACUGGGAUUGGGAGUCCGAUUGGUAUGUGGAUGAGAAUAUUGGUGGAGAGCCCACAGAAAAGGGGGGCUGGAGCUAUGCUAUAGAUUUCCCUGCGACAUACACCAAGGAUAAAAAGUGGAACUCCUGCGUGCGCCGGCGGAGGUGGAUCCGAUACAGGAAAUACAAAUCCAGAAACACCUGGGCUAAGAUUCCGUCACAUGAGGAUGACAAGAAGUUACCAGAUCCUUUCAAUGACAUUACAGUUGGAGGCUGGGAAAUCACAGAUGAGCCUGUGGGACGCCUGUCAGUCUGGGCAGCUUCUUUACAGGGAAAGGUUUGGUACCGAGAGGAUGUCUGCCAUAACAACCCUGAGGGUUCAUCCUGGACUGAAGUAGAAACCCCUAGUGAGGUCAUACAGAUCAGCUGUGGUCCCAAUGAUCUGCUGUGGGCUUCGCUUUGGGAAGGCCAAGCCAUGGCGAGAGAAGGUAUCAACAGGAAUAACCCAAAGGGAAGUUCAUGGACCAUCGUUGAAGCACCAACUCCUGAGAAUGGCAUAAUGCACGUGUCUGUUGGAGUGAACGUGGUAUGGGCCGUGACCAAGGAUCGUAAGGUAUGGUUUAGGCGCGGAGUAAACUCCCAUAACCCUUGCGGCACUGGCUGGAUAGAGAUGGUGGGAGAAAUGGCAAUGGUGGAUGUUGGGCUAAAUGACCAAGUGUUCGGAGUUGGAUAUGAAGAUCGGGCCGUUUAUUUUCGUCAGGGGGUCACGCCUAGCGAGCUAAGCGGGAAAGCUUGGAAAGCCAUAGUGGUACCCAGGGGAAAUGAGAGGUCCAACUCAGAAAGUCCAACUAGCCUUCUCAGCGCGGGCUGUUUUUUCGGAGAUGAAGUUAAGGAGCCUUCAGAUUCACCCACCCAUUCUGACCUAGAAAGUUCUUCAGAACCCGAGCAGACUGUCGUGCAGGAGAACUCUUCUGAGUCUUCUGAACCAGCCGAUGUAGGUUCCAGUCAGCAAGAGAAGCCCAAGGAGGAGGAAUUAAGUGCAGUUUUAGAGCUCGACUGCCAACGAAAAUCAGACUCCAGCCCCUCCAAUAACACCAGUGAAGACUCUGCCCUCCCAGAGGACCCUGUGCCAAAGGCUGGAGCACCUAAAUGGACAAGCAUUGACUUGUUGGAAGCACGUAUUAAUCCAGCCAGAGCUUCAGGUGAUAUGACUGGCUUGUCUCAUCUUGGAAUAUUCACUCCAGGAGAAGAAGAACCCUUUGUGUGUGAUACACAUCCUUUGUGGACUUGGGUGUCUGGGGGUGGCUGCCUUGUUGAGUCCCAUACACCUCUGAAAUGGUUUACGCUACAGACAGGUUUAUCUGCUUCCAUGCAGUCACUAAGCUUGUCCAUCACUCCAGCCCACACUGCAGCCUGGAGAAAGCAGAUAUUUGACCAGCUCAGCGAGCGAUCCAAAAGAGAACUUGACAGUUUCCGGCACUAUGAGCAAGCGGUAGAACAGUCAGUAUGGGUUAAGACCGGAGCUCUGCAGUGGUACCGGGACUGGAAACCAAACAAGUGGAUUGAUGUCCGUGUGGCUCUUGAACAGCUCACAGGCACAGAUGGCUCCCGGGACAGCAUUCUCUUUGUAUAUUACACUCACGGGGAGGAGAAGAAGUACAUACAUAUAUUUCUGAACGAAGUGACCAUCUUAGUGCCUGUUGCAAAUGAAGCAAAACACUCCUUUGCCAUCUACACUCCAGAAAAGACGAAACAAAGAUGGCCGAUACGACUGGCCGCCGCCACUGACCAGGAAAUGCACGACUGGCUUGUGCUAUUAAGUAUGUCCUGCUACGAGAGCAGAAAGAUACAGGGCCCACCGUCCAGUCAAGCUAUCUGGUCUGUUACCUGUAAAGGAGACAUCUUUGUCAGUGAGCCCACAGCAGAUCUCGAAUCUAUGGUGAAUGCCAGGUCAUGUGACCAGAUGUUUUGGCGUCAGAUUGGGGGACACCUCCGGAUGGUGGAGAGCAGCAGCAGUGGAGUUGUGUGGGGAGUCGGCUAUGACCAUGUGGCAUGGGUUUAUACUGGCGGUUAUGGAGGGGGUUUCUUUCCAGGUAUUGCUAGUAGCACAGACAACAUACUUCCGCAGACUGACACAAAAUGUGUAUACAUCUAUGAGAAUCAGAGGUGGAAUCCCAUCACUGGAUACAGCAGCACAGGCCUGCCAACAGACAGAUACAUGUGGAGUGAUGCUUCUGGCUUACAGGAGUGUACAAAGACCAACACAAAGCCUCCAUCACCACAAUGGACAUGGGUGUCAGACUGGUAUAUAGACUUUAAUGUACCUGGUGGAACCGACAGAGAAGGAUGGCAGUUUGCUGCUGAUUUUCCUGCAUCCUAUCAUGGGUACAAGACCAUUAAAGACUUUGUUCGCAGGAGACGCUGGGCUAGAAAAUGCCGCAUUGUGACAAGCGGGCCUUGGCUGGAAGUCCCUCCUAUCUGCCUGUGGGACAUCUCCAUAUCACCGAGCAGUGGAAGUCACAACAGCGAAGCGAUAGCUCUGUGGGCGAUAAGCAACAAGGGGGAUGUACUAUGUCGACUCGGCGUCACAAAGCAGAGUCCAAGUGGUUCCUCUUGGCUCCAUGUUGGCACAGAUCAGCCAUUUAUUUCAAUCUCUGUUGGAGGAUGCCUUCAGGUGUGGGCAAUUGCAAGAGACGGGUCUGCCUUCUACCGAGGCUCAGUGUCACCUGCCCAGCCUGCCGGUGACUGCUGGUAUCACAUCCCCUCUCCUAACAAGCAAAAGCUCCAGCAGGUCUCGGUUGGACAUACGUCAGUGUUUGUUGUGGAUGAAAAUGGAAACCUGUGGUUGCGCCAUGGAAUUACCCCUACCUACCCUCAAGGAACAACGUGGGAACAUAUGUCCAAUAAUAUCCGUAAGGUAUCUGUGGGGCCCUUUGACCAGGUCUGGGUGAUCGCAGACAAAGUUCAAGGGAGCCACAGUCUGAGCUGUGGAACAGUCUGUCAUCGCUUGGGGGUGCAGCCAAUGCAGCUAAAGGGGCAUUCAUGGGACUAUGGAAUAGGGGGAGGUUGGGAGCACCUUACUGUAAGAGGAAACAGGGCAGAUGUGGGUAAAACCCUGCGACCGGAAGAAAAUGCGUCUCACAAACCAGAUCCACAGGAAGAAAAUGGAGAGUCGGCCUUCUCCUCGCACAUAGCAAACUGCUGACUCCCGGCAAUGCAAGUCAGUCUCUGAACUGGCCUUUUGGGAAAUGGACAUUACCGGUGGUACAAUCCUACAGCAUCGCUUUGUGAAUUUAUUGCUUGGAAAACGGAUAACUUAUUUAUUUAGCAUGUUGUGGGAAGUGUUUAGCUUUCAAAGUGGUAAACUGUGAAAUCAUCCCUAGCCAUUUUAUCUCCGUUUAGCUUCCGUUAUAGGCUUUUAGCUAAUAUAUAGUGACCUUCAAUAGUAUAAUCAGUAGCAUUAAAAUGUAUUAUGCACAGUACAACAGACAGAACUUUUCCAGCACACUGUCCCAUCCCUAUAAAACUUAGAAGUCUGGUACAGGAGAUGUUGAAGGGCCUUGAGUUGUCCAAGGCUGAAUUGUGAAACAGUCAAGAUAUUCAUAACAUGGGCCUCUAAUAGGUCAGUUUGGACCUUAUUGAUGAAAUUGGCAGCAUUGGCCUCAGAGUUUUGACUUGAUGUUUGUUUAGAUAUCAGGUACAGGGCAGGAAUAAUUGUUAGGGUUGGGUUCCAAAAAACUCCUGAAUGGUCUUGCCCCAUUAUUGUUUUUAAACCUUUAAAAAUGCCCCAUGGAACUGAUAUGACGUUAGACAUUUGUAGGCAAAUAUAAGGCAUACUGUGACCUAAAUCAAUGAAGUUUUCCUUCAUUGACAAUUAAACGUUUUAAUUUUUAGGGAAUUACUGUGUUUCUAUUUUCACAUAAAUAAUAAAUCCGCGAUCAGGAUUGUCAGUGCCAGAUUAAUGAUAUAAUGCAUGUCCAACUGGAAGCCCAUAGACUACCUGUAGCCCACCCAGAUAUCUUGUUAUGGCACUGGUCUGCCCGUGGGCUCCACAGUCUUCUUUGUAUAUCAUAAUAUAAAUAUAAUCUGUCUCUUGAACAUCACUGAUUAUAUUGAAAAAUUACUUGAGGAAGACUACAUUUUUAAGUAAUACAAGCACAGCCACCAUAUCUCAGAACUCUACAAUGUUACUGUCGCUAGUGCUACUACAAAACAGCAGUUUAGCCUGUAUCCAAAGCAAAAUACUAGGUU